ACCCAGCGCAUGUCGCUGUUUGCUCUUUUUGUUUACAUUUUGAUUUAGUACAUUAAGCUUUAAAAUGUAACUUCCUUUACAAAGAAUCUAACGGAAACAUUAUAUAAUUAGCAUAAUAAUGUUGCAUUUGACGACUGAAAUCGGAAAGGUCGGCAGGAAAGAGAGGGAGAGAAAACAUUUCCCAGAUAUCCACAACAACUGCAGCCUACCGUCUUACAAGCCCCAUGGCCGUAGAUACAUCCCUCACGGUUACGGAUUUUAUGAGGACUGGAUGCCCCAUAACCAGAAUAUCAACAUCAGAUAUACUGAGAAUGGACCGGACUGGAAGUCGAAGCUAAAAUACAUUCCUGAUCCAGAAAAUCCUAAAUACCCGGCAGCAGAAAUCUUUGAGAACAACUGGAAAGCUAUGAGGCCGUAUCCUUACACAUACAUGAGGACGAGAAAUGAGUGGUUGCUUGACCCUGGACUGACCAAGGUGGGACUUAGGUGUAACUUUGGCGGCGUCCACAAGGCCACUAACACCAGCAGUGAUGAAAUCACACACAGAAUGCUUUUUGGGCGGGGACGCAACGCUGGUCAGAAAGUAGACACAAGGAGAGGUUAUGACGAAGUUUUUAAUACGAAACUUGCCUACAAAACACCAGAGACGAUCAUUGACAAGAGGAACGGAAUCCCGUACGCGUCUGAGGGGGACAAAUCGUACCAGGCAGUGGAAUAUUCCCCUAGCUUCCAUAAGGCGGGGUCUAGUCUGCCCUGUCCACAGUUCGGUGCUAACUACCCAAAAGUAUCAACAGACACCUGUGUCCCGCUUCUUCCAAUCCCCAAAAAACCCAGGGAUACGUUCCGCGACAUGGAAAGACGGCGACAGAUGUCGGAAGAGAUUGACUCCGUGAGGGGCUUAGAAUCCUGGGAGCCGGCAAAGCCAAUUCACCAGGCCCUGAUCCCGGAAGAUCCCCCGGCUAAGAAAUAAACAGAUGUCAGCUGAUCAAGCCCGGCUGCUGACACUGAAAUUUUUUCCCUGUUAAACAUGUCUUCGUUAGCUAUACUUGUCAUUUUCAUUGUUGAUCGCUAUUCAGGCGAAUGUAUUUUUUCUCUUCCAUUCGUGGUUACUUACGUUAUGUGAUAUGUUUAAAAAUAUUAUUGUUUGUAUAAGUAAACAUUGUUAUGCUUUGUCAUAUAGCCUUAGCAUUUUUUUUUACCUUCUCUAAGACUAUAUUUAUUGAUUUGUAAAAUAAUAAGAUAACAUUUUAGCAAUAUUGAUUUUGUUCUCUCCAGUACUUCCAUCUGAACUUUGUCUUGUGUUAAAAUAUUUACUUUGUGUGUAAUGGUAAAAAAUAAAUGGUGAAUAUCAAAAGAUACUUCAGGGGAAAGGUUAUUCUUCACCGAUUUUUUCACUCAAACAGUUUUCAUUUCUUUCGCAUAGUUUACGCAUCAGAGUGUCUUUUACAAUUUACAAUUGCCUUUCCUAUAGAAAGACUUCGUAAAAAAUUUUAAUACAUUAAAAUUACGUGUAUUAUAUCAUAUUUAUGACCACCAAUAACUUUUUACGAUUUGGCAAUCUACUGAAAAGCCUUCUAUGCUUUGACACAUUCUGGAAUAUCAUAUUUCUUUUUUUACGUAGAAGUUUAUUGCACGGUGCUUAUGAAUUGAAGCCUUCUAUGUGUGUUUUAUGAGAAACAAACAUCCGCUUUUACGGCCUCAGAAAUGUUUAUUUGGCAUUAGAUCGUAAUGUUUUUCUUUUAAUUUAUAAGCAGAAUGGGAUUGAGAUAUUUUCUUGCAUCUGUUAUUCAAUUAUUUAUUUUAAAUGUACUUGGAAAAUUCCCAGGAUGGAAAAAAGGCAAUAUUCUGUUUCUCUAAACACAAUGUAUAUGGAGUAUAUAUAAUUUAUUUAUAUAUAUAAUUUCCUGCUUUAUAUUGAUAUUUUAUACUUUGUGAUGAUUUGU